CAAAGCAUAGGCAAGAUGUCCAAAGCUUCUGGAUCAGAGGAUGAGCCGCUAGUGCCGGAUGAUUUUGACGAUGACUUCUACAGGGAGCUGUGCGAGAAGAUACCCGAAGCAACCAAGGCGCUGCGUCAGAAGGAUACGCCAAACAAUGCGGACAACGUGCAGCGUCUAGUCAUCUGCGGCACGCGCUACAAAAGUGAUCUGCGCUUGGAGGAGGGCCGCACCCAGGAGCUGCGCGAGCAAAUAGCCGACCUCGAGCAGCAGCUGGAAAAUGCGGCGCAGCAAAGCAAAUUGGACUUGGCCACCAUUGAGCAGCUGCGUGGAGUUAUAGAGGGUGCCUGGAAGCAGAAGGAUGCCUCGCAGAUACGCGAGCAGUCGGCACAGGAUGAGGUGUUGAGUCUGCGCCAGAAACUGGAUGCGGCCGAGAAAAUGAUCGAACAUCUCAAUGAAAAGGGACGCUCCAGGAGCAGCAGGCGCGAUGACAACAAGGAGUGCGAGCGACUCAACGACGAGAUCAAAGAGCUGAACAAACGUCUGCAGCUGCAGCGCGCCUAUGCAGCCGAGGUGGAGGAGACCAUUCAGACGCUGGAGGGCAGGAACAAGGAGCUGCUCAAGCUGCUGGAUGAAACCUCCAGCGAUGCGUGCAACUUGAAGCGCAAGAGCGAUGCGCUGUCCAAGGAUCUGGCCACCAUGAAAAGCGAGGAGACAAAGUACUUGGAGCAAAUAGCACACAUCAAGGCGAACAACGAGCAUCUGACCAAGGUCAAGGUGCGCCAGAAUCUGCAAAUACUCUCGCUGAAGACCAACAUGGAGCACCUCAACACGCUGCACAACAGCACCUGCAACAAGCUGGCCAAGAUUACCGUCGAUCUGGAGUACACGGUGCAGGAGCGGGACAAAAACAAACGCGCGCUAAAUCAUCGCAUCAAUCUGUUGAAGACGCGCGAGGAUGAGCUCAUCAAGCUGCGAAAGGAGAAUGCCAAGUUGGCCAAGUCGCAGGAGGCUAUUGCACGCAAAUAUGGAGGCCUGGAGAUGUCCAAGCAGGAGGUGGAGCAGGAGAACCUGCGGCUCAAAACCCAGAUGGGCACUCAGGAUAAGGAGCUGGAGUCCAUGCGCCGUGUGGUGCAUCAUUUCGAGAAGAACAGCGAAAACCUGACCAAGGAGCGAGAUGUGCUGAAGCGGGAUCUGCACAGCGAGCAUCAGUGCGUCGAGCAGCAGAGCGCGCUCUACCAGGAGUCGCAGCACGAGGUGCGCGCGCUCAAGGACAUCGUCAGCAGCACCGACCUCAAGCUGAAAAAGCUGCAGGAGGAGCUGAAGAAGCAAAAGAAGGACAAGGCCAAGAAGCUGGACGAGAUUCAGCAUGGCAUCGACAAGAUCGAUCUGCUGCAGAAUGAGAUCCACCUGAAGGAGAACUACGAGAUCGAGCUGAAGCGCACGAUUAGCGAUCUGGAGGCCAAGUGCUUGAAGUUCCAGCAGCAGCACGAUCUGCUCACCAGCGAGCGGCAGGGCCUGCAGCGCUCGCUGCAAGCCGCCGACGAGGAGCGCCAGAAGCUGCGGGAUCAACUGGGUAAUCUGCAGGCGCAGAUCGAGACGCUCAAGGGCAAGAUCAGCUAUCGGGAUGGGGAGCUGGGCAAGCUGCAGCUGCAAAUCGAUCGCAUGGAGAAGGAGCGCCGGCUGCUGCGCAACGAUGUGCGCCACGCCCAGCUGGGUCAGCAGCACACCAAGGCGGAGCUGCUGGACAAGCGCAAGGAGAUCGACCGGCAUGCCAAGUCGCUGCAGGAGGACGAGCAGCGUUUUGCUCGCCUGCGCAAGGAUGUGGACAAUCUGAUGAACGAGAAGAACUCCAUUAGUGCGGCGCUAACGAAGCGCAACGAGGAGUACGCCCGACUCCAGCACAAUCUAGAGAACCUGCAGACCGCCUACGAUCAGACGGAGCGACAGUGCAACCAGUGCCAGGACGACAUGCGGCUGAUGGGCGUUGAGAUCAAGAAUCUGCGCACCGAACGCAACGUGCUGCGCGCCGAUCGUGAAAGUGCCGCCGAUCUGCGCCAGGAGCUGCUCCAAAUGCAGCGCCUGCUGAACCAGGAACGCAUCAAGGCACGCGCCCUGCAGGACGAAAUGAUGACGCCCAUGAACGUGCACCGCUGGCGCCUGCUGCGCGGCAAGGACCCCGAGAAAAUGGACCUGCUCGAACGCAUUCACAUCCUGCGCAAGCAGCUGCUCAGCCAGAAUGUCGCCGCCCUGGAGCAGGAGCGGGCCCUGAAUGAGGCUCAGCAGCUCUACACGGCGCUCAAGGAGUUCAUGCUUAAGCUGCCCAGCCACCGCGUCCAAGCGCAGCUCAACACAGUCAAGGCCAGCCUCUCGGCCAAGGAUCGCAAGCUGAAGGUGCUGAUGGCCGAGCUGAGUGCCAGGGAGGCGGGCGAGCGCUGCAAUGCCCAGCAGCUGGUGGAGCUGCGCGGCAGCCUGGCGCAGACGAGGGCACAGCUGCUGGAGGAGAAGCGGCGCAAGCAGAAGCUGCUCGAGGAGCGACAACUGCUGGAGCAGAUGCAGGCGCAUUGCUACUCGGCGCCCGCCCAGCUGCCGCGCACCCUGGGCGCCGGCUUCAAGGUGAUCAGCCAGCUGCUCUAGAGGAGUCCAUUGAAUA